CGGGGCCUUCCUCAGGCCGGCUGAGUUCGGCUGAGAUCCUUGCCUGCUCCUCCUCCCCUCCCCUGCCCUCUCUCCUCCCCCCUCCCCCCCGGCUCCCUGCUCCCAGAGUAGUUGAGCCAGUGAAGUGCGGACGGGCGGCGAUGAGAGCGAAAGUUGCGCUUGGCUUCGAGCUGGGGCGUUGAAGCGGCUCCGAGUCCCCGGUCGCCGUCACAAGUCUCUCCCUCAGCCCUCUCUCCCUUCGGGCAGCCCCGGUUACAACUGUCGCCCCCGGAGCCCCGGUCCCCUCGGCGGGCGCGCCCCCCUCCUAGCGCCCUCGCGGCGAGCCUCCCCUCCGCCUCGCUCCUCAGCCCCACUUUGCUCCCUCCUCCCCGCGCCCCGCCGUCCCUUCUGAUGCCAGCCAUGGUGGAGAAGGGCCCGGAGGUGUUGGGGAAGAGGAGGGGGAGGAAUAAUGCUGCUGCCUCCUCGGCCGCCGCCGCCUCCAACGCCGCCAACGCCGCUGCCACCACCACUACUACUGCCUCCUCCUCCUCCUCCUCUUCUUCCUCCUCCGCCUCCGCCAAUGCCUCGGCCGCCUCUGCCUCCUCCGCUGCAGCCUCCGCCUCGGCCUCCGCCGGCUCCGCCAAUAAUGGCCAUAAUAAAAGUUUGGCAGCGGCGGCCACCGCGGCGCCCAAUGGAAAUAGCACCAACUCCUGGGAGGAAGCGAGCUCGGGCUCCUCGAGUGAUGAAGAGCAUGGAGGAGGUGGCAUGAGAGUCGGGCCCCAGUACCAGGCAGUGGUCCCUGAUUUUGAUCCUGCUAAAAUUUCAAGGCGCUCUCAGGAAAGAGAAAAUCUUGGCAUGCUGGUAUGGUCACCUAAUCAGAAUCUAUCAGAGGCAAAAUUAGAUGAAUACAUUGCCAUUGCCAAGGAGAAGCAUGGGUACAAUAUGGAACAGGCACUUGGGAUGCUUUUUUGGCAUAAGCACAAUAUUGAAAAAUCCCUGGCUGAUCUACCCAACUUUACCCCAUUUCCAGAUGAGUGGACUGUGGAAGAUAAAGUUCUUUUUGAGCAGGCCUUUAGUUUUCAUGGGAAAACAUUUCAUAGAAUCCAACAGAUGCUUCCUGAUAAAUCUAUAGCAAGCCUAGUGAAAUUUUACUAUUCUUGGAAGAAGACAAGAACCAAAACCAGUGUAAUGGAUCGUCAUGCUCGGAAACAGAAAAGAGAACGGGAGGAAAGUGAGGAUGAACUGGAAGAAACAAAUGGAAAUAACCCAAUUGACAUUGAGGUUGAUCAAAACAAGGAAAGCAAAAAGGAGGUACCACCAACUGAAACAAUUCCUCAAAUCAAAAAAGAAAAGCAUAGUACACAAGCAAAAAAUAGGGCCAAGAGGAAACCUCCUAAGGGAAUGUUUCUUUCUCAAGAAGAUGUGGAAGCAGUUUCUGCUAAUGCUACAGCUGCUACCACAGUGCUGAGACAACUGGACAUGGAAUUGGUUUCAAUCAAACGACAGAUUCAGAAUAUCAAACAGACAAACAGCGCUCUCAAAGAAAAACUUGAUGGUGGAAUAGAACAAUAUAGACUUCCAGAGGUUAUUCAGAAGUUUAAUGCACGUUGGACCACAGAAGAACAGCUUCUUGCUGUACAAGCAAUCAGGAAAUACGGCCGAGAUUUUCAGGCGAUCUCAGAUGUCAUUGGAAACAAAUCAGUGGUACAAGUGAAAAACUUUUUUGUAAAUUACCGACGCCGUUUCAACAUAGAUGAAGUCUUACAGGAAUGGGAGGCAGAACAUGGCAAAGAAGAAACCAAUGGAACCAGUACCCAGAAACCUAUAAAGUCCCCAGAUAAUCCCAUUAAAAUUCCUGAAGAGGAGGAGGAGGCUACUUCUGUUCUUGACGUCAGAUAUGCAUCCGCUUCAUGAAAGACUUGAGUAGCUUAGAAUAAUUUGCGUUAACUACUGUUAUUCAAGAUAUCAGGUAUUACCGAACCUCAGACAGCCAUCUGCAUCAUACCUUUGUGGACAAGCAGCUAUUACCAAAAAAGGCAAACACUUCCAGUCCUGUGCUGCAACUGCCUUAAUUCUUUGCUCAUUCCUCUGCAUUGCCUCCACUUCCCAAUUUGCUUUUUGUUUCAUCAGUACCUGCCUGAAUGCUGGGGAGAAUCACCGUACCCCACAUCGCUUGUGGGCUUAUUUUUGAACUGUCUCCAUAAGAAGGAGCUACUGAAUUAUUCUCCCUGCAGUCUCGUGGUAAUCGGCAGGGAGUGGAAGGGGGAGAAGAGUCAGCUCAGAAGGUCUAACUGUAUUGCCUGUAAUCUUUGCUUUGUGCAUAGUGUAAUUAUAAUAGUGACACUCUUAGCUUUCCAGGAAGAGCCUACUAUUCAUUUUUGAGUUGACUGACCACCUUGAGACAUCAUGCUUCCUCUGAAAACAUAGUCUGCAUUUGUAAACUGCAUCGUGACUUUUUAGUGCUGAGCGUUCCAGUGCCAUUCAUGGUCUCCUCAACUUAGGUCCUAAUGAUGGUUUAUAAUUAUUGGACCAUAAUGGCUUAAUGACGGUGUCUUUUUUUAAGCCAAUCCCUAAUGAUCUGUCUUGGUGGAAAACUCACUAGUAGUGUACAGACCAGCCUGGGUUACUGUAGCUUCAAGGUUUGGUUGAGUAAAGUGCCACCACAUCAUCAUUUUGCAUAGUAACCCUGGUCAGGCACACCUUCCCCUACACUCUACUCCCUACCUUUCUCAGUAUCCCCUACAGAUUGAAUCCAAACAACUUUAUCUGGUGCUCAUCCAUUUGGAAUUGGUGCCUUUUACAUUUGGCAUCCAUAUCACCAUUAUGCUUCAAAGUCAUCUUCUUUCCUUAAAGCUUGCUGCUUGCCAAAGAUGAUUGUAGUCAUGUGAGGGGUGGCAAGCAUGAGUGUGCUUGCCAUAGAUCCUGACAGGAGCACAGGUUUAAAAUUUCUUAUUUCUGAACGGUCAGAUGGCUGGUGACUACUACUUCAUGAAAGCUCACUGCACUUCCUUCUCUUCUUUGUACACGUUGCCUCUCAGUCACAAUCCCCUUUGUGUACCUAUGCACCAACAUGCGAUAGCAAAAUGCACAUGGAUCAAAGGAUAGGGUGUAGAAACGGUUGGUCAGCUUCUUGAUCUAACGAGACUAUGAUAAAAAGAAAUAUAUUCCAAGGUAAUAUGAUAAUGCCUUUUGGUUGGACUGCUAAAACAUUUCUCCCGAAGGCCCUAAGAUUUGGAAAAUAGAUUUUUUUUUUUAAAUCAGGCCUUCAGUAUGUAGAGGUGGAGGAGGAACAGACUAGCAAGCCACAGAUUCAGAUCCAUGUUAAAUUCAGCCUGCAUUUUUUAAGGUUUAAUUAACUUUUUCCUGGCAUCAUCAAGUUUGAUUUAUAGUUUCUGUUUUAAAUACCAAAAACAAAAAAAAUGCUUGCCAGAUGCUUUAAGGUACAACAUUCUUCUUAAGAACUUCAAAUAUGCAAUUAAAAUUGGACAUGUGUUUAGAGUUCCUCUGUGCACCUUGCUUUUUAAGCUAAUUGAUCUGCUUAGGAAGAGGGUCACCUGGGAACUGUAAUUUUUAGAAAUGCUUCUGGGGGAAGAUUACUCAACUACAGAAGUCAGAGGGAAGAGAACAUUUUCUUUUCCUUUUUUGCACCUAAACAAGGUCUGUGUGUUGCUUAUUGGAAGCUAUUGAGGAAAUCGGAGAAAGAAAGAUGAGAGGGGCAGCAACUGGUUGUUCUUGUGUGAUGACAGCAGGAUUAGAACAACACUAGAACUUGAAAGAAAAGAAAGGAAGAAAGAGAAAGAAAGAAAGAAAGAAAGAAAGAAAGAAAGAAAGAAAGAAAGAAAGAAAAGCCAACAGCCAGCCUGUUGCUGAAUUAGGGAAUUGGCAGAGAUGGUUUAGGGAAGAAGAAUCAAGGGAUAAAUUUGCCAUUCUUCCAAAGCAACAACAUAGGCUUUCUCUAAGCUAAUGGCAGUACAUCAGCAGGUUUUGUUGUAGGAAUGCCUCUUGGCUUUGCCAAAAAGCUCAUUUCUCCUACCAAGCAUAUUAUGAUUAAGAAAUAGAUGCUGUUGCCUGCAAUUUAGAAUGGCAAACAGGUCAGUACCACCAGAUCUUUGAUUUUCAGUGAAUUAGGCUCUAAUCCCAUCAAGCUACCAUUUGUAUUUCCUAGCAGCUAAGUUUUGGCACACUCCCCAAGGGAUAAUAAAUAGCAUAUGAUUUUCAUUUGAUAGAAAGAAGGAAAAAAUAAGUGACCCAUCUUUGCUUGACUGCUGCCAUUGUAGCUAUAUACAUAAGAUAGCACUGUAUUUUUACCUUUGAUUUUCAUUACACUGUCUUUGCAAUGAUGUUUUAAAUGCAAGAAAUCACUUAGCUUUAAAAGCUAAGCAGCUUGGUCUUACUUAUAUUAAGACCCCUUUUAAUGGAUCAAGAAUUAUAUGCAUCAAAUGGUGGCAUUCAGACGUGUGAAAGUCUGCAAUGAUAACUGCAGAAGAUGUAAUAUUCCCUUAAAUUUUGUUUUCUUAAAAAUUAUCAAUGUGAAUGUCAUAAUUAUAUAAAUUUUUGUGGAAAUGGGAAUUUAUUUCUCCUAUUAUAAGUUAUUGUGCAAAGUAUAGUAGUAUCGUUAAAGCAAAUGAUAGUUUAACUUUUAGUUUAGAAUCCCUCAGAGAUAUAAAGUGUAUUUACAUAUGCAUAAGCAAAUUACGUUUGUUUUAUUUAAUUUUUACAUAGGUGUGUAAAAUACUAGGAAAAGUUUUUCCCACUUAACCCAUUUAAACACCUCGUUACUUGAAUAUUGUGUUAACUGUUCUUGAAACACAGUGAUCAAUUUUGUAAUAUAGCUCUCGUAACCAAGGAAAUGACUAUGCCUCAGUUGUGCUUAAUAGUUGAGCAAUUGUGGACAAUUAGAGUAGAUGCUACUGUCCACAGGAGCCAUAGGUAGUGUGUGUAUAGAUAUCUAUAUAGAUAUCUAUAUAACACAAUGGCUAUGUUGUGUCUUGAUAAAUUCAUUACCAAUAAAGAUACUGAUUUCCCAAUAGUAAUUUGUAAAAGUUUUCAACCCAGAGGAUCCCUUACUGGUCACAUAAGCCUCUAAUCUACAGAAGGUCAUUGGGUUUUAAAACUCUAACCAUGGUGUUCAAACUAGUUUUUAAAAAUUCCUUUAAAAAGUUCUUUUAAACAAAUUUACACCACUGAAAUGUACUCAUUGUCACUUUAAAUUUAAACCGUGCCCUUUAUUUUGUCUUUCUAAAUAUCUGAUAUACUGUUGGUAUAAUUGCACACCAAAUAUGAGCCAAACAGUGCAUUAUAGCUCACUGGGCCACUGCUAGGUGAGCCCAGGGCAGCCACGGACUCCUCAAUUGAGCCAAGGCCCUACAUAUGGCGCCAACCAGAAAUAAGAGCCUCUUGAUCUCCCCUGUUUUAAAGUCUAUUGACGAAUGACCUAGGAUUCAAGCUUUUGAAACAAAAUUAAUCCCUGUUCUCUUUAUUGACACGAGAUAGUUUUUAGCUAGUCUGAUGCUGAUGAUCUUGUGCAGGGGCCUAAUUGCCUAUAGUCUUUUCAGCCACUCCCUGGAUUUGUGGAGCUUUUUCUGUUGAUCGUGAAGCACAAUUGCAGUAACAGUUCAGAAGAAGGAAGGUCAGUAUAGUCUAUGCAUGUUGUAUAAUAAUGAGUGUUUACAGUCAUAUUCUCUGAAGAUGAAAAUUUAUACUGGAUUGUAUAGUAUUAUUAUUCCAUUAUGUAGAUUUUAUCAAUUUUGUUAAGUGCUUUUAGACAGCUUAAAAGUUUUUCAGGAUUUUAAAAGAUGUAUAAGGUUAAGUUUGCAAAUAUAAUGGAAAUGCUGUAUAGCUUUUGAAGUGACAAAUUACACGUUUGAAUUUUAAAGAAAGUAUGUUGUAAUAAUGCUGUUGUAAGUAAUAUUUUAAAUGUCUCUUGGGCCUGUUUUUUAUUAUUCAGCACAUUUAUUGUGGUGAAUGUUCAUAGCAUUAUAAACUUGCUAAGCCAUUGAAAGGUAAAAGGUAACUUGUUUUUCUGAUUAUCAUUUUAUUGUAAAUGAAAUUAUAGUGGAGAUGGAAAAAUUCAUUUGUGAAAUUCUGCAUAAUUCAGUUUUUUUUCUAUGAUUUGCAAUGUUUGCUGAUCUCAAAUAAAACUUUUUCAAGCCAUGGAUGUAAUAAAACACGGAGUCAAACCACCUCUCCCCCUAAUGAAAUGUUCAAAA